AUGUGCAAACUCAGGAACUUGCAGCUGUUGGACCUUUCAUCCAAUCUAAUCGAAGGUGAUGUGCCCUCUUGUUUGGCUAACAUGUCAUCACUCAAAAUUCUGGACUUGUCAAGGAACCAAUUCGAGGGAGACCUUUCCUUUCUUAGCAACAUAUCACAAAUUGAGGUUGUUGAUGUUUCCCACAACCUUUUCCAAGGUCUGAUCCCACUGUCAAUUUUUGCAAACCUCUCAAAGCUUAGUCAUCUAGAUCUUUCAUACAACCACAUGUUAGAAGUUGACACUGAAUCUCCAACUUGGUAUCCUUCUUUCCAAAUACAACAUCUGUUGUUGGCAGGGUGCAAUCUCAACCGUAGAAGUAAUCAUCUUAUCCCUAGCUUUCUGUUCAGCCAAUAUUCCCUGCAGACCAUAGAUUUAUCUAACAACUUCCUUGAUGGGUCAUUUCCCACUUGGAUGCUCCAUAAUGUUUCUUCAAUGUUGAGGUUGAGGAGCAAUUCAUUUGUUGGUGAGUUCCCUCAUGCUUCCCAAAAUAAAUCAUUGACACUUCGCGAGCUGGAUAUCUCAUGCAACCUUCUUGAAGGGCCAUUGCCCACAACCAUAAAUGUUUUUCUUCCAAAACUUUAUGCGUUCAAUGCAUCUUCAAACCAAUUCGCUGGUACUCUUCCCCCUUCUUUAGGAGAAAUGCAAAAUCUAGAACACUUGGACUUGUCGAACAAUCGCUUUUCAGGAGUCAUUCCAAAUGGUCUAACCAAAAACUCCCCAUUUUGGUACUUAAAUCUGUCAAACAAUAGCUUAGGGGGUGAGUUGCUUCCAAAAGAUUGCAAAAUGACAGAAUUGAAAUGGCUGCUGCUUCACCAUAAUCACUUUGUUGGGAAUAUUCCCAGUUGCUUGUCAAACAGCUUAUCUUUGUUCCUGCUGGAUGUCAGGCACAACAACCUAUCAGGAAUAAUUUCAGAUGAAAAGAUAGCUUUCGCUGAAUUAGGAGCACUUCUUUUAGGAGUGAAUAGAUUUGGAGGAUCCAUUCCACAGCAAUUGUGUCGAAAGCAAAAGUUGCACUUGUUAGAUCUGUCCAAUAAUAAUUUCUCAGGAUCCAUUCCUUCUUGCCUUAGUAACAACUUAUCCUGGAGAAAGAAGUUUGAAGAAAACUCUUGGGUUCCCAUUGAUUUUACCACCAAGGGUAACUCAUAUUCUUACCAAGGCAUCCCACUUACUUUGAUGACGGGGAUUGAUCUUUCGAGUAACCAACUGACAGAUGCCAUCCCGAUCCAACUUGGAGAACUGCUAGAACUUCUAUCUUUGAACUUGUCGCAUAAUCUUUUGACCGGCCAUUUUCCAGCUUCCUUUCAAAAUCUCACCACUUUGGACAGCUUAGACCUCUCCCACAACAAGUUAACAGGCCAUAUACCUCCAGAGAUUGGACAGAUGAAGUCUCUUGGAACUUUUAAUGUUGCCUGUAAUGAUCUAUCAGGCAGGAUCCCAUUUGGCUACCAUCUUUCGACAUUUUCUGAUAGCAGCUACGUCGGGAAUCCUAAGCUCUGUGGAGAACCAUUAUCGAAGGAAUGCUCAGAGGAUUACAGCCACGACAAUGAAGAUGAUGAAAAAGAAGAAAGUCACACCGAGGAGGAUGCACUUUCUGAGAAGGAUACCCUAAUCCAAAUUCUAGCUAGUGCUAGAAGGCCUCGACGAACGGGGGAGGAUGCAUACUACGACGAUGUAAUGAGUCCACGAAAAAUCCGGCCUUUCGACGAUGACAAAGGUCCACUUGUUGCUGUCAAGCCUGAUCCUCGUGUCGACUCUCAAGCUACAGUUUACAUUGCCAACUUCCAUGCAGCUCAAAUCUCAGAAUCCGAACGCCAAAUUUUUCAGCAAUCAGCUGGAAAGCCAUCUUAA